AGAAGCAGAGAAAGCCUAUUGUAUUAAUUGGGUUUUGAGAAAAGGAGAAAACUUUCGACGAUCGGAAGAUUUUUCAGAUACGAAAAAUGGCGGUACAGUGGCUUUUGGUGUGUCACGGGAUGAUGACGUUGACGGUGGUCAUCUCCUUCCUCUGUGGUCAAUGGCCAAUCUUCAAAGGCACACCUUUUCAAUGGAUUCACUACUUCCUCACUUUCGGCGCCUACGAUUACUUCCUGUACUACUUCUUCUCAUCUGAUUGAUUCUUCCUUUGUUCUUAGCUGAAUUAGAGUUCCACUGAUCGAUCGUUCUCUGUGGUGUGUGUUGCAGGAGAUUUGUCGGAUUUGUGUUUGGUUCCAAGGGUACGGACGUGAUUCUUUCUGUGGAGUAUUUCUGCUGCGAUCGUCCUAAUCCGAUUCUGCAAGUCAUAUAUAUAGCCAUUAUGGGAUCAACCUACUUUUUGACUGCAAAAUCUUCUUUCAUCUAUAUACCUGGAUAUUAUCUUGGCGAUGUUCACAAGUACACAAGCUUUCUAGCUGUUAUUGUUGGUGUCAUACUUUUCUUAUUAACAUGCUUUUCUGAUCCAGGUACUGUGAACGCUGAGAAUGUUUCACGGUACAUUUCUGCUUACCCCUAUGAUGAUAUCAUUUACUCCAAGAAAGAAUGUUCUACGUGUAAAAUCCCAAAGCCUGCUAGAUCCAAGCAUUGCAGCAUCUGCAACCGCUGUGUGGCUCGGUUUGAUCAUCAUUGUGGGUGGAUGAAUAACUGUAUAGGAGAAAGGAACACCAAAUAUUUCAUGGCUUUCCUCUUGUGGCAUUUCCUUCUUUGCUUGUACGGAACAGUUGCCAUCGGAUUUAUUCUUGCUGGGCGAGUAAAAGAACUCCGUGUUGUACAUAUUUUAACUGUCUAUUACGGUGUAGAUAAAUCUUUCCGAAGUUUAGCUCCUCGAGUUAUACAGUGGCUAGUUGGUACAUACAACACCCAAAUUCUCCUAAUGGUGUUUCUCGCCAUUGUUUCUCUCCUCCUCGCUGGCUUCUUCGCUUACCAUGCAAAUCUCUGCUUAACCAACACAACAACUAAUGAGACGUUUAAGUGGAGAGAGUAUAUAAGCUUAAAUAAGAAGCUCAGUGAAGCUAAGGCGAGCGCUGCUGCUCUCAAGGCCGGGAUGUCAUGUGAACUAAAGAAGCCAUCAGCUGAAAGCAAAUGCUUCGGGCUUUGUGGAAGAUCCUCUGCCCGUGAAGAAGAAGUCAAAGCCGACGCUAUAGCGAAACGGAAUUUGUAUGAUAGAGGAAGUUUUCAAAACGUUUCUGAGAUUGUUUUCCCUUUAUCAUCAAGACCAUCUUCUUCCAACAAAUCAAAACGAAAAUCGGAAUAGUUAGUCUUUUUCUUAUAUGUACUUUUACUACUUUAUAGCUUUUGGUAGCUUUAGUGACUGUUUUUUGUGAUUUGGUCCUCAAUGCAAUUUAGACUUUUACAUGACACCUUAUACUGUACAUGAUCUGAGAUUUAUAUGGUAAAAGACUAUUGUGAUUGUGG